AUGGGCGAACGGUUAUUACUUCGCGUGUCACCCAUGCAUGGAGUAAUUCGUUUUGGUACUCGUGGAAAGUUGAGCCCUCGAUUCAUAGGACCAAAUGAAAUUUUGGAGCGUGUGGGUAAGGUGGCUUAUCGGUUAGCCCUUCCAAACUCCUUGGAAAAGGUACAUGACGUAUUUCAUGUGUCGCAGCUUAAGCGAUAUCAUGCCGCAGCCUCUCAUGUCUUAGAUCCCGAACCUUUAGAUUUGGAUACAUCCUUGUCUUACUCUGAGAAACCGAUUAGAAUCUUGGACACGAAGGUCCGUAGUACACGACGGAAGGAUAUAUCUAUGGUUAAGGUCCUGUGGUCAAAUUACGAGCGUGAAGCGGCUACAUGGGAAACGGAAGACUCUAUGCGGGAAAAGUACCCUCACCUCUUUCAGAUCAAUCAAGUCAGUUUGGAGGUUGCUGGGAAGGUUAGAUCAUUGGAUUGA